AUGGCUCCCACUAUCGAGUCUGUGGUCAGUCAGUGCCACAAGGCCACGGUCCUGGGUAACAAGAUCUCGAUCCACAUGCUCGAAUAUGUCGGCACCGUCGAGAAGCACGGCCACCAGUUCGACGAACUGGCACACGACUUUCUGGAGACGUGUCGAAUCAUGUGGUCACUUGAGGCUGGCCUGACCGAGUGCUCGAGGAGCAACCAGAGAUUCCCCGCCGAGAUGAUGUCGGAGCUCGACAAGAAGUUCAGGGGAGCCAACACGGAUUUCCAGGUGCUCGACCACAUGUUGAGCCGCCUCCUGGAAUAUGAGAAGAAGGGUACCAUGGGGAAAAUCCAGAAGGGAUGGCGCAAGAUGUUCGCCGACAACGACGUGGAGAAGAUGCGAGAUAGCCUGGCCAAGACUAGGGAGGCCCUUAGAAUGAGCGCACUCGUCUUCCAGUGGUCUCUUGGAGACGACAAGAUUGACGAGUCGGUAGGCAUUGGGUACACGGGCCUCGCCGCCGCCCUGGAACGCAUGUCUAAAGGGCGAACAGUCGAAGGUGCCCCGAAGCUCCAGCCUGUCAAUACCAGCCCUGCGGUCGCCCACCAAGCCCAACCGGUCCAAGAGAUCCCGCCGGUUUGGCCGCUUCCGCCCGCGCCCCAGAGCAAAAGCUCGGUGACAGACCACUCCUCGUUGAGGACCCGCGAGGAUCCUCACAAUCCGGGACUCCAGCUCCUGCCCGAGAUCCACAGAGAACCGUCCAUAUCAAAUUACACCAUGGGGAGCGGCUCAUCUUCCCGUGGCGCCCGAGAGCGCGUGGUAUCCUCGGUCGAUCUUCUGGAUCGUCCCAACGCCCACAGCUCCGGGACUUCAGGCGCUAUGACGGAGGUAGAUACCCUGGUCGACGAUAUGGAAUCGUUCGAGCCGUACAAGGUCAUCCGGUUGAAGGCCGAUCCUUUGACCAUGCCCCGAUGGACUCCACGAAACACUGUGGGUGCAGACACACCCGCACUGAGAGAGGCGUUGAUCUCCGCUGUGGAGACAAGCAAUCAUAAGCUGAUCGAGCAGCUGCUGGACCGGGGCGUCUCCCCCGAAACCGGUUCCGAUCCCCAUCUUCUGAACCAAGCCAUCAUGCGGCACGAUUCGGAGACCGUUCGUAUCCUGCUUCUGUUCGGGGCGGACCCGAAUGCCCCAGAUCAUCACAACGUGACACCUCUAUAUGCGGCUGUCGAGGAAUCCUUUAGGGAUGCCGUUACUAUGCUCCUAAAGUAUGGCGCGGACCCCAACCUCGCGGCUGGACCCGAGUCCGAGACGCCGUUCGGCAUGUCCAUCAUCGAGGACAAGUUUGAUCUAGCCCGAAUCAUCCUCACCUACGGAGGCGAUGUGAACCACGUCAUGGCUAAUGGCGACACCACUUUGAUGAGGGCCAUUGUCAAAAAGCGGACCAAGAGGAUCAUCGACAUGCUCCUCGAGUACGGCUCCGACGCCAACGCGAAGAAUACACAGGGGCACUCGCCCCUCUUCGAGGCUAUAGAGUCAAAUCGUGUCGAUGUUGUUGCGAGCCUCUUGGACCACGGAGCCAACCCCAACCUCCCCGGGCCGAAACAUAUGGUACUGAGUGGCUAUUCAGAUCACGAUAUCCAAUCCACUACGGGACAGACAAGGCGCACGGCCACGGCUAGCGUGACCGGCGCGUUACUGGAUGCACCGAAAAUUAAUCCCACGUCCUCUAUCCCAAGUCGACCGCUAACAUCUCUGGCGUCUAGGCUGUGGCCCGCGGCAGGGCAUCCCCGCAUCCUCGAGCUACUUCUCAAUCGCGGUGCCGAUCCUAAGAAGGCCCCAGGGGUCUUGGAACUGGCUACAUCGAUCAAUAGCAUCGACUCUGUGCGAGUGCUGCUUAGAGCCGGCGUCGACCCUAAUGCCAAGAAGGACGGCAUCUACACACCGCUGUGCUCAGCCAUACGAGAUAACCGUGCCGACAUAUUCGACAUCUUGCUCGCCCACGGCGCAGACCCGAACGUACCUAGUGCUGAAUACCCCGCGUUCAAAUGCGUUACCCAUUACCGGACACAGUAUCUCGCGCCACUUGUCGCCGCUGGUGCGGAUCUCAACUCUCCUAGGGGUAUUCUCGAAACAGCCGUCCAGUGCAAGAAUGUCGAAGCCCUGUACUGGCUCCUAGACAGUGGGAAAGUCUCCCCCAACGACAAGACCCCCAAGACCGGCGCCACGCCGCUGACCACGGCGAUUCGCGAGAACCGCUCCGACCUGGUGGACCUUCUUCUCUCCCGCGGAGCUGAUCCCAACAUCAGGGGAGAGAACUGGCCGGUAUGCAUGGCAGUGCGUCAACCAGCAAUCCUGAGGCGCCUCCUGCCGGCGUUGGCGGAACCGCGCGCAUUCAAGGGAGUGAUGGAGAUGGCUGUCGUGGCCAACCAGUUGGAGAGCAUCAAGCUGCUGCUCAAGGCAGGCGUGAGCGUCGAGGAUCGCAACGGCGGGGUGUUUUCGCCUUUGACGACGGCCAUCCGCGAGGAGCGCAAGGAGAUUGUCCAUUAUCUAUUGGAAGAGGCCGGCGCCGAUGUCAAUGCCCCGGGCGAGCACUUGCCUAUUGUUAAGGCGCUCCGGCGAACCCACGGGGCGGACACGGAGAUCAUCGAGCUGCUGCUGAAUUACGGCGCGGACCCCAACAAGAUAUACCGUGGCCACAACGCCAUCAUCCAAGCUAUCGAGAAUGGCGACGCGGACGUACUGAAGCUUAUCGUCGACAAGUGCGGUGUCGACCUCAGCGCCAAAGACGACUCGGGGAUGACGAUAACGGAGAUCGCCGAACAGCGCGGUUGGGAAGAGGGCCUUCGGAUACUACGGGCUGCGAAGCCGGCGUCGUAGAGAGGCCCGACCGAGAGAUGACACGAACUAACUAUUACUUGCUGACCUGUUCCCCCUCUCUUUUGUUAUCGUUUUUAUCAGCUCGACAGAUAUCCAUCUUUCCUUGCCACGGCGGUUCUGGGUAGGCGGAGGUACGGACGAACGACAGUCGGUCCUGAAGAUACCGUACU